AAGUUUCUAUACUCCAGUGAGUCGCUGUCUCUCUCUCUCUCUCUCUCCCCGGUGUCAGUACCUAUAGUAACAUAAAAAAGAUAUUGUGAUGCCGAGUCCCUGAAAUGAUGAACAUAAGUAUGGCUUGAACACUAUGAUCUGGAGUUAUCUUGGGACACUACCAUGUAACAGAUGUCAGGAUAUAUUGUGUAAUGGUUCCUCACCAACAAAACAUCACCAUCACUGACUAAAAAAAUAAAUAACCCCACAACUUUGUGAAGUAUAUCGUAGUCAUUAUAAUCCACAUCAAAUACCACACAAGUUAUCAGAAAUUUUGUCUGGUGCUACAAAUUAUUCUGAACAAUUUAAUCUCCUACGAAUUAUGGACUACACAGAAAACGGAGGAAUGCAGGUUUCUGCACCGUCUAUAGAAAAUAUGUAUGGGGUGACCCUAGAAGCUGCUGGACGCUCCGUGGAGUUGGCUCUUUGCAGGAGUGUUAACGUUACCAUAAAAUACCACCAACGGAAUUUCUGCGAUGGGCGCAUGUCGCUGGCCCUCAUGAUCGCCAUGCUGGUGCUAGGUUUCAUCACGUUCUUCGUCAACCUGGGCGUCAUGAUUCGCACCAUUAAGAUUCUACGUAAUGGACACAACAACAAACCUGCGUUUUACUUUAUAGGUAACCUGGCCCUGAGUGACCUGGCUAUUGGUCUUUACGUCGUCAUCGCCUUCCUUCUCCACAUCACACAUAAGUCAGACCUUUGGCAAAAGAAUACCUGCAUGCUUCAGAUUGGUGUUGCGGUGACUGCCUGCCAGGAGACCAUCUUCACCAUCAUGUUGAUAGCAGUGGACAAAUACUUGUAUAUCUGCCACGGACUUAAGUACUCCUCCAUCGUCACUACCAAGAGAGUGUACAUCGCUGUUAUCAUUUCCUGGAUCUUCUCCAUCCUUAUUGGAUCACUCCCGGUGAUGGGAAUGCAGGUCCCUUGGGAGCAGGCAUGUGACCGAUGCAUUUUCGCCCAAGUCAUCUCCAGAAACUUCAUCAUCAUCUUCUUCAUCACCUCCGUUGCUGGCCCGUACGCGGUGGUGGUGAGCCUGUACUCUGUGUUGCUGAUGCUGGCCCUCAAAAUGCACAAGGCUCGCUAUGGAGGCUCACUCACCGGCAACGACAACGCCAGAUCAUCCAAUUUCAGGCUCUCCUUUAUGUCCAAGAAGUCCAAAUCAUCGAAGUCAAAUCGCUCGACGAGUGCCACCACCGACCCGGACGUCAAGGCCAAUAGGAGAAGGACGAAGAGGAAAGAGGUGGAGUACACAGCUACACUGCCUGGAAUCAGUGAGAGGGAUGCAUCAGCCAAGCUCAUUCGUUACCAGUCCCAGGAAACUCAUAACCCUGAGCAGAGACGAGUAUCUCAUGACGGUGAAAUCACAGAGAAGCUCAUACAGGGUCAGGUCCUUCCUGGAGGAGACCAACUGGUCCAGGACGAAGUGGCAACAGAUAGUCGCCAGAGAUCCCUCAGAGAAGCCAUAUCUCAAAGCGACGAUGGUGCUGUUCCUGAAGGCACUAAAUUGUCUUGUGAAAAGCUUGCCGAAACAGUUGAUGAGAACUUUAAAGAAAAUGAGAAUAAAGGUAUUGCUAUUAACAUCGAUAACCAAGAUAACUUUGUUGACAACGGCAUAAGAGACAAUGCCAAAGACACAAAUAUAUCAGUAAGUAAUUAUAUUGGAGAGAGUUUCGACUGCACUGCCUCUGGCAGUGACAGAAAAAGAAGUGAUGCCGCAUCGGAGUCACCAAAGAUAAAAAAUACCAAAGGUCCUAAAUUCACCAGGAAAGCUAAAACCGGACAGAAGUGCCAGUACGAUACACACGAGGAACCUCCAUCACCCUUAACAGAAGAGGAACGUCCAUCCCCUUUAACAGAAGAGGUACCUCCAUCACACUUAACAGACGAGGAGUUUCCAUCACCUUCAACAGACGAGGAAGCCGGUGAGAAGACAAACUCUCCAUCAUCAUCUUCACGAACGUCAUGGCUGUUGACGAAGUAUUUCAACCGUGUUGUAUCUGACACCCGGGACAAGGUACUCUUCUUGAAGAAGUGCCGGGCGCUUAAGACGGUCUUCCUGAUCAUUGGAUCGUUCACGGCGACGUAUGUGCCGUUCGUGGUGGGCACCUUGGUGUACAGCCUGAGCAAAGAGAAGCAUGAGUGUCUACUGCAUAUGCUCAACACUUUUCUCUAUUGUGCCGUCGUCGCCAACUCCCUGGCUAACCCGCUCAUGUACGCCUAUGGCUACCGAGAAUUUCGCCUGAAGUCCAAGAGAUUCAAAGGAAUAUUUGCCAAGGAAAAACCGAUCAAGAUUAAAUGAGAUUCCGAGACCUUCAAGUGGCGAGGGAGCAUGUGCCUUGAUGCUAGUAAACAACAGUGCUUCAUCCUAGGAACCUGAGUUACCCUCGCUUUCCUUGAAUCACAUCUGAUUGUCUCCCAUUCCUCAGGUGCUUUGUACCUAUUGGUUAAGCGCGUUCUCAUUAAUGUAAUAAUAAUAAUGACAUUUGCAGCAGGUUGUCUGGAGGUGUGGCUUUUGCAGUAGAUAUAUAAAAGGCUGGUUAUCUCUCCGUUUCUCUGCCAGCUAGGGAUCUUGGUCAAAUUCUGGAGAACAAAAUGCUGUCACAGGAUAACUCAGUCUAGCUAUCAUAAGUAAUAUGCUUGAGAUACCUGUGAGGGUAUCAUCGUCUUAGGACAUUACUAGGUAGUGUCUUAACUCCAGUAAGCCAGAGGAUGAUUAAAAAAGUUAUGGAUCAUUUCACAAAGACCCGUCCUAACAGAACUACACCACCUCGCGCAUUCUCAGUGACACGUAGCAGUACUAACAAAUCAGUACACUAGGAGUUAAAACUGGCGUACUAGGCCUGAAACAAAGUAUACUUAAAAACAUAUAUUGUAUUCAUUGUUUUCCUUUUUUUGAAACAAAAUGUGACCAACUAAUGCUACUCCUUAAACAAGAAUGACUAUUUAUGUAAAUAACCCCAGAAUGGAACUGCAGCUCUAACUGGUGGAGAUUUUACUUUUGUGAGACGCAGUUUCAGAUCAAUGAGCUUUUUAAUUCGGAAAUAGGAAAAGCCGUGAAGAAAACAUAGGAUGCAAAAGAAGCUUUUACCGGACAACGGUUCUCUUGUGUAGCGCUUCAAGUCAUGACUAUGAAGCUGUACACAGAGAUAACAUCUGCAACAUGUGUUUUCUUCGCUACUGUUGGCAGAACGCUAUUUGAAUCCAAGGAAAAGCCGUGCUCAAAGACCUAAAACACCUAAGUGGAGGCAAUAGUGCACAAAGCCCUAAAACCACAAUGACUGUUAGAGUUCUUGAUGCACAAAAAUAAAUAACCUGUUAGUUGUCCGGCACUUACCACUUUGUGUUUUAAUAUAUCAACAAAUAAAAACCUCUCCUAACAAGAACAUAGAGAGGUAGCUAUUAUGAAUCCCUUGUACCUGUCUAGCGGAGCAGUCUGAUAUUAACGCUGGCUGAGAUUUGUUGACAAGCUCCCCAGUAGUUGUAGUGUUAUCGCUAGUAAUAAUGGUAGAAUUACCGACAAAAUGUUAUGUAAAAGGACAGAGAUGCAACAAUAAAAUGUCACAUUAGUUGCAUCUGUGUCCUUUUACCUAACAUGUUAUUACUAGUUUAAUACUAGGAAUCGAGACCAAGAUUUGUCAUCUCCACCUCGGGGUACUCCACAGACCUCUGCAAGUCCCCUCAAUUACAUGCUUCUUAGAAGCCAUCAAACCAGUCCAUGUACGGCACUCAAGUGCUGUAUUACCCGGUGACGUUUGCGUUUUUUGUAAAUAUAAAAAUAUUUAUAUGUACGAGGCUCAGUUGUGGCUUUCUUGCUUCACAGCAGGACCAGAGUCCAGUACUAGGGAGGGUGGAACCUUCUACCUGUUGUCUUGUCCACCUAACAAUAAAAAGUUACCCGAGUGUUAGCGGACUCCUUUGGGUAGCAACCUUAGAUAAGGCUAAAGUAAGAUAACAUCUCUUACGCUGUAAAUCCAAUAGUGUAAAAGAAAUCUUUGAUAUUACCAUUUGUGGGUCGUUGUUGCCUUCCAGGAGGGUGAGGGGGUGCCUUGAUGCAGGUGAAGGCCUCUUGAUCCAUGGAGUUGGAGGUGCCCUUCCUCUGGCUGUGUGACACAGGUUUAGUACUUGUUUUCAAAUAACGGAGUUACUCAACUGUUCCUUGGAUCAAACUGAAUUCAAAUUUCCAAGCACUGUAUGAACCUUAUGGGUUUAGUGUUUUUCCGUGAUUAUAAUAAUAAUAAUAAUUAACAA